AUGACUGAUCUGUUGGCCCACGUAGUGGAACACCAGGGCCAACAUCCUGUGCAUCAACCUGCAAACCCUGGCAAUCAUAUAGAGGGUGAGGACAGAGCCCACGAAAGAUUCCAAAAGUUCUCCCCACCAAAAUUCCUGGGAGGACCAGAUCCAGAUGUGGUCGAAAGGUGGUUGGAGAAGAUAAUAGACAUAUUUGCAGCUUUACACUAUACGGAGGAGAGACGGGAAAAGAAGGAGGACGAGUUCAUUAGACUCCGCAAGGGAACUCAAAUUGUGGCCGAGUAUGAGAGCCAAUUUACUCGACUGUCUAAGUUCGCCCCUGAACUUAUUGUAACGGAGCAAAGGAGGGUGCGGCGAUUUAUUCAGGGGCUCAAUGUGGAAAUCCAGAAGGAUCUGGUGGUAGCCCAGAUUAAUACGUUUAGUGAGGCAGUGGAGAAAGCACUACGAGUUGAAAAUGCGAGACUCCAAGUUAGAAACUUCCAGGUGAGGAAACGGAGAUUUCCUGGAAGUAGUUCAGGGCAAGGUGAGAAAGGUAACCCUCCCAAGUCUGGAAGGGAAACCGGAGGAGUGAGACCUCCGGGAAUGUCGAGAGGAACCUCGCCAAGGGGUGGUCCAGUUGGACGAGGCCAACAGAGAAGUGGCUCACAAGGAAGCUCAGCCUCUGUCUCCCGGGGCCCUUGUGGAUAUUGUGGGAAACCAAACCACAUGAAGGACAACUGCUGA